AAUGUCAAGUAAGUCAAGUGACACUUGGACCGCGCCUAGCUCAGGUCGUUACCGAGAGACAUGGUAUAUAAUAAUAAACCAUUUUUCUAAGGUCGACUUUUCCCCUCAUCUCUACAACUGCAACUGGGCUGCAGCUGUAUUCUGCCUAGACGGCUUCUUUCCGGUCGAAAAAAAUCUCGUUUCUGAGAGACAUCACAUUCUUUGACAACACACUCUUUUAUUUCCGUCAAGGGGCAUACCGGCCACAUGUCUAUACCCUCCCCCGAGUUCCACGUCGAUGAUGCUGAAGAAGUGCGAGAAAUUCUUGCUUCCGAGCUCUCGUCCGAGCAUACCCCAUCCUUUGAUUUAUCAUUAACCUUCCCUACAAUCUCGAACCCUAAUUCAUCAAACCCCUCUCGUUCAUCCACAUAUUCGUUGGGGCACAUACCAACUAUCAAAUUCGCACCGCUUCCAUCACCAGACCCAAACCGGAAGCGCUCAAUUUUACCGCUUGGGGUGGCGGCCCGUUCGCGGAGAAGACGUCCCGCACGUGCAGUUAGCGAACGAGGACCGUCUGUGUGGGCCAAUGAUCCUGCUGCAGACCCACUGCUUGAGGAUCCGCUGAUCACUUUGGGGAAGCUCGUGAAAAGCGCAACGACGAGCCUAUGGCGGCGCGUCAGAGAAAAGAACGGGCUUGUUAAUCAGGUGGAGCCUAUGCAACACCUUACGGAUGUCAUUCUCGACAUCAGACCAAUGGAGGAUCAGGAGCAUCUGAUGGAAAUGACGCCAGAGCACGGGAAAGCAGUGGUAGCCCCAGAGAAGCAGGUUGUUGCGCCUGUCGAGCAACUCAACACCAAGUGGCAGUGGAGAAGGAGUACAGGCACUAUGCCUUCUGUUCCAGGCUUACAUUAAUUCUUUGAUUGGUGGACUCGUGAUUUUCAUUAAUGAUUUAUCUUCCAGAUAAUGAAUUCGUACCAGGAGUUCCAGUACUUUUAUCUGUGCAACCUUAGGUUCUUGUUGUUGUGCUUGAUGCUAGUUUUUACCAGUAAUACUUUUGACGAUGUUGUUGAACGUUGAACGUUGAACUUGCAUCCACGCACCGGAUGCGUGUUGCCUUGGUUUUACCCGUCGUGUCUAGCCUAGGCCUUAGUAGCUUGAGGCGCUACGCUUUUUAGAUAUCGCUAUGAUCUUACGACCGACCCGAUGCCGAGGCCCGAGAA